AUGGGAGCCGAAGAAGAAAUGCUCAUCAGCCUGUCUGGAGGUGCCCCGUGGGGCUUCCGGCUGCAGGGGGGCGCGGAGCAGAAGAGACCCCUGCAGGUGUCCAAGAUCCGGAAGAGAAGCAAAGCAUGUCGUGGAGGCCUGUGGGAAAACGAUGUGCUCGUGUCCAUCAAUGGGAAGUCGUGUGCUGGCCUCUCCCAUGCUUCUGCCAUGCAGAUCAUCGACUCUUCCAACGGCGUGCUCAACAUCCGCGUGAAAAGAAUAGUCGGCGGCGACCAGACGGGCCCGCGGCUCCAGCGCUCGCCGUCCCCGGGGCAGCGGGUGCUCUCGCCGCCGUCCCCGCUCAGCCCCCCGGCGCGGCUGCUCAGCCCCGAGCCGUCAGCGGCGGCACCGGCGCCGCGGAGGCCGCAGAGGCGCCUCGAGAGCGUCACGUCCCCUCCGGACAGCGAGGCCUACUACGGCGAGACCGACAGCGACGCCGACACCGUGGCGCAGGAGAAGCAGCGCCGGGCCCGCAAGAAGAGCCCACGCUCGCCGCCCGACAGCACGGGCGGCAGGGCCGACGCGCCUCCCGACGAGGUGUCGCUGUCCGAGCAGAGCGGCUACGAGAGCACCCCCGAGGCAGCCGUGCCGCCGGGCGCUGAGGCGGCCGCCGCCGGCUCCAGCUCCGGCGGGGUGGCCAAGAGGGAGAUCGCCUGCCGGCCCGGCAGCCGUGCGGACACCCCCUUCUCGGACAGCGAGGGGCAGCUGCAGCCGCCCUCGCCGCUGCCGCGGGAGGCCUCCCCGGAGGCGCUGCUGCUGCCCCAUACCACCAAGGCCAUCCGCGCCGAGCGCCACCUCAUCCCCAUGGUGGGGCCCGUUGAGCACCCCGUCGACGAAGACCUGACGACGACGUACACGGAGAAGGCCAAGCAGGCCAAGCUCCACCGCCACGAGAGCACCCAGGAGAAGAAUGUGAAGGAGGCCAAAACCAAGUGCAGAACCAUCGCAUCCCUGCUGACGGAUGCUCCAAACCCCCACUCCAAGGGGGUGCUCAUGUUCAAGAAGCGCCGGCAGAGAGCCAARAAGUACACGCUGGUCAGCUUCGGCAGCGUCGACGAAGACCGCUGCGACGACGACGAGGACGGGGUUUUUCCAACGAGUGAGUCUGAGUUUGAUGAGGAAGGUUUCUCCGACGCCCGAAGCUUAACUAAUCACUCAGACUGGGACACCUACCUGGAAAUCGAGAAGGCCAGGUCGGACUCUGAGCAGAAGGAAGAGAAGCAGCAGGGCUUGAGCGAGGCCUCAGGUAAAGGAGCCAGACUGUUCGAGCAGCAGAGGGAGCGGGCCGGGAAGUACACGGUGGAGCAGGUGCGGGCGCCGAGCAGCCCCCCGGGCCAGGCCAUGGUGAACGGGGACGUGUCCGUGGGGCACCAGGGCAACGUGGCACUCGGCGCGCGCCCCGGCACUAGCCACGUGCCGGACACGCAGCCGGCCCCGCUCCCGACCCACGGCCUGGCCACCCUCAGCCCCAGCGCCCUCCCGCCGCCCCCAGGCACCCCCGAGCCCUCCUCGGCCAGCRUGUUCAACAGGUCUGCGCGGCCCUUCACCCCCGGCCUCUCCGGCCAGCGCCCCAUGACCUCCUCUGUCACCUUCAAGCCGUCCGCGCCCCGCAGGCCGGCUGAGAGCCAGGGCGGGCCGAGCGCGGCGCCUGCCCCCCUCUCGCCGCCCGGCGCCGCAGGCAGCGCGGUGGYCCCCGUGCCGCGGGGCGCCGUGAGCUCCUCCACGUCCCUGUAUAUCGCUGCGCCAGGGCGGGCAGCCCCGGAUGGGCAGCCGGGAGCGGGMGCGAGCGCUCCAGAGAACAGGCCUCCUGCCAGCACGGCGCGCACAUCCACGGCCUCCAUCUUUCUGUCUGCCCCGUCGAAGCCGGGCGGAGAGGCGGCCUCUGCGGCGCCCGCAGCACGAGUCCCCGGCGUGGCCUCCUCCUCGCUGUACAUCAGCCCAGCUCCGUGGCAGCCGGCGGCGAGCAGCUCCCCGCUGCCAGGGCAGCCCUGUCCCGCCGCGUGGCCGGCGGCACCACGGCCCCCUUCGGAGCCGCUCACGUCGAGGGAGCAGCGGAUCGCCGUGCCGGCCCCGCGCACCGGCAUCCUGCAGGAGGCUCGCCGGCGCGGCAACAAGAAGCCCAUGUUCAGCCGCAUCGAGGAGAAGAAGAAGAAUUCACCCAACCCCGAACUCCUGUCGCUGGUGCAGAACCUGGAUGAGAAGCCCAAAGGCGACCACCCCAGCGCGGGCUUCGAGUCGGGGCCCGAGGAGGAUUUUCUGAGCCUGGGCGCCGAGGCCUGCAACUUCAUGCAGCCCGCGGGCCGCAAGUUCAAGACGCCGCCGCCGGUGGCUCCAAAGCCGCCGCAGCAGCAGGAGGCCGCGCUGCUGAACGGCGCCCACGACCUGCCCCAGCUGAAGGGCAAGGGCGCAGAGCUCUUCGCCAAGCGCCAGAGCCGCAUGGACAAAUACGUGGUGGAGACAACCCCGAAGCCUGACUCCAAGCCCCGGACGCCCUCUCCUUCCCCCUCUCUACCCUCAUCCUGGAAAUACUCCUCCAACAUCCGAGCUCCCCCUCCGAUAGCUUACAACCCGAUGCACUCCCCUUUCUACCCGCUGGCAGCCAGCAAGUCGCAGGCGAGCAAAGCAGAGAGCAAAGUGAAAAAGGCCCCGAACCCAAAGUCGGGGCUCAAGGUCCUUGACUUCAUGCGCCACCAGCCCUACCAGCUGAAAUCAGCCAUGUUCUGCUUUGAGGAGCCCCCGAGCGCCGCGGAGGCUCCCGCGCCGGCGGCCCCGCACGCCCGCGCCGCCCCGCAGCAGCCCGUGAAAACGGCCAAGACGCAGGAGAUCCGGCGCUUCUCCACGCCGGCUCCCAUGCCGUCCUCGAGCAGCCUGGCGCCCACCGUGCUCGUGCCCCGCUCGGCCACCACGCUGGACGAGCCGCUCUGGAGGACGGAAACGGCCGCCUCGGCGCCCGCCACGCCGGCGCCCUUCCCAGCRGAGCCCAGCCAGGCGGCCAAGGCCUUCGGGAGCUCCCCGGAGCUGGGGCCGGCGGGACGAGGGCCCUCCCCRGGCCCUGCCGCUGCCUCUCGGUUCCAGGUGGCCCGGCCCAAGUUCUCGGCAGCCCGGACGGGGAUGCAGGCCAACGUGUGGAGGCCGAGCUUCGGGCACCACUGAGGCACCCGCYGCU